GGCGGUGGCAAGUGUGCUUGGAGCGUGUCACUGCUUUAUACCAUCAUCUCCCCUACUACAAUGAAGACUAAUUGCAGGUUGACAACGCUGCUCGUGUCCCUAGUACUUUCCUUUGCCGAAGUGCCACGAUCUGAUGGCGAGCUGGAGCAGCACCAGUGCAAUGAGCUAGGAUUCACAAGUGUUUCCUGUUCCACGUGCAAGAGGUUCGAGGAGAUCGUCGCGGAUGAAAGUCUAACAGAUGAGUGUCUGCAAUGCUGCCAGGAGGCGAAAAGCUCUUCGAAAAAGUACGCCUCGGCGAAGUUGGUGUACGAUCCAAGAUGGCUUAGCGCCGACCCUGAGCUUCGAGGUUUUGUCAACGACAGAGCCACGGAUCACCCCGCUCUGGAGCUCGAGCCAACUCUGUACGCGAAGACCGUGUUGCUCAUGUCGGAGGAAGGAGCGGAUGCGGAUGACGUCGACGUUAUCAACAUCAAGCGGUGGAAGGUGGACUCCAUAGCUGACUACUUGAACGAGCAUUUGGACGAGCAAUAGCACGAGCGUUUAUAGAGCUCCUCCCGCUGGCUUCGGCCGAGGUGUUGCUCCUUCCCCAUUGGCCCCAGGUCGGGUUCAUGAAGCAUUGAUGUCAUAUGUGUAGUGCGAUUGGGGGAGAGAUUAGGCUCACGGUGGAGCUCAUAGCGACUAUGUUUCAUGCCAAUUCUUGGUGGGAAUCUCGCCGUGCUUGCUCGGAGGGGGCGGCUUCAGUGUCUGUACCGUCGAUGCUUGGAGCCCAAGUAAGGCUUCGUAAAUGAACAGGUUUUGGUGGGGUAGAUGGAGGUUUUGUAAACAGCACAUGCCAAUCUAAUGUGCAUCUCGGUCUUGAGUGGUGUUAGUCGCACCGAGGAGGACAGCUCAUUGCUGGGGGGUGCCCACGGCUAUCGAUGUUUGUUAGCACAUGAACGAUGAGAUUCAUGUCAAAUGAGUCAGCUUGCUUCACCUCCAGAAGGUUUCCUAAUUUGUGCUUUCAGGGCCCGAGAGAGUAUACUACAAGCAGAGGGCCUACGCAAGAACACCACAUAUUCCUUCGUGUUGAAAAGCACGAUGACCGCUAGACCACCAGUCAGCGGUCGUGUUCAGAUUCUCUUGUGCUCGUCCGGGGAUUUCACGAGAUGGUCGGUGUGAGUCGGGACCCGCCCCAAGCGUGUGUC